AUGGGCGACUCGAGACAAACGCACCAGCACGCCGAUUCUGAUGGCCACUUCCGACGGAAAGACAGCCAGUUCCGCAACUGGAUCUCGAAGGAACAAGGGUCGAACUUCACGCCUGACAAAGAUCGGUAUGCACUCUAUGCAAACUAUGGUUGUCCGUGGGCCCAUCGGACCAUCAUUGUCCGCAGCCUCAAAUCCCUCGAGCCCGUCAUCCAACUGAUCACCACCGACUUCGACCUGACCGAGAAUGGCUGGACUUUCACCGGCCGCAAUGGCAGCAUGGGUGCCGACCCUCUGUAUGGCUUCACCGGCUUGAAGCAACUAUACCUGAAAGCCGACCCGUCCUACACCGGCCGCUACACAGUGCCGCUUCUAUGGGACAAGAAGACGGAGACGAUUGUGAACAACGAGUCCUCGGAGAUCAUCCGCAUGCUGUAUGACCAGUUCGAUGACUUCCUGGAGCCCGACCAGCGAGAAGUCAACAAGCCCGGUGGAGGAUUCUAUCCACCGCACCUGCGCAAAGAAAUUGAUGCUAUGAACGAGUGGGUCUAUAACACCGUCAACAACGGGGUCUACAAGAUCGGCUUUGCCGCCUCGCAGGAAGCAUACGACGCGAGCAUCUACCCACUCUUCAAAUCCCUCGAUCGGCUGGAGGAACACCUCGGAGCCCCUGCCCACCAACCAUACCUUUUCGGCGAAUACAUCACCGAGGCCGACGUCAGGCUGUACACCACGCUUGCGCGUUUCGACGUCGCAUACUACAACAUCUUCAACUGCAACCUCAAGAUGAUCCGGCACGACUACCCUCGCCUGUCGAAAUGGCUGCGUCAUCUGUACUGGGACACGUCGGACCGCACCAAUGGUGGCGUGUUCAAGAAGACCACCUUCUUCGAGGUGUACAAGUACGGCUACCUCCGGGCUAGAGGCCGCCAGCUCCACGGCGGCAGUGACCUUGGCUGGCCUGUGAUCCUCCCGCGUGGACCCAUCCCGGACAUCGAGCCCUUGACCGACGAAGAAGAAAAGGACCUAAUCAACGGGACUGGCAGCAAGCUGAACGGCCUGACCAUCGCGGACCUGCCUGCCGGGCUGAAUGCCCGCUCAGGGAACCCGUUUUCUGCGCACGGCGACAAAGCAGGCAUGGGGGUGCUGUUCGGUGCGGACGUCGACUCUCCUGUGAACCCUGACGAUGGCGUGGCGACACCUACGACCGCAGCCGCAACGACCAGUAUGGGAAGUCCCGCCAGCACGAGAAAUGGGGGAGAUGAGGUUGACGAUGCGGAUGCCCUGGACGAGAAUGGCGAAUUUGUCCCAAGGAGAAUGAUCAAGAGGCGGACCACCUAUAGUGAUGCAAAUGCGAAGUGGUACAAGGCGGCGAAGAAGGCGGAGAAGAAGGCUGGGGCGCCGCCUAUUCAUCUGGCGUUGUGA